UAUAUCAUAGAUAAGACAUAUAUUUGGUACAGAGCAAUGAAGAGUUAAUCUUUGAUACAGAGACAACUCUGGGUAGAUAUAUAAUAUAUCUUGCUGAAAGUUUAAUUUUCAUCAUCUAUCAUUCAUGACAAUUUUUAAAGGUUCUCGCAAAUUUCUGCUGUCCCUUAUCAGUAGUAGAAGUUAUAUUAGCAGUCGUUCAUUGAGUGGAAAGGGCAAAGUGGCAGAUAUUCUAAUUAAAGAUACUAUUUUAGAAAGCCCGUCUGUUAAGGCAUCCUUUAGUUCUCCAGAAGCCACAAUGACUACUGGUUUAGGACAUAAAUUUGGUCUUCCAAAAAGAUAUCAAGGUAGUGAGAAAAGUGUAUGGGUAGAAUAUAUUCAGUUAGCCCUUGAUUAUAAACCAGCAUGCAACUUAGGCCAAGGUUUCCCCGAUUAUCCUCCACCAAAAUAUGUGACUGAUGCUUUAGCACAAGUAGCUAAUGGGGACAAUUGCCUUCUACAUCAAUAUACCAGAGGUUUUGGACAUCCUAGAUUGGUAAAUGCAAUUGCAAAGUUAUAUUCGAAGCUACUGGAUCGUGAACUCAAUUCUAAUACCGAAAUUCUCACCACUUCCGGAGCAUAUGAAGCAUUGUAUUCAACAAUUGUAGGACAUGUUGAUGAAGGUGAUGAGGUGAUAAUUGUUGAGCCAUUUUUUGAUUGUUAUGAACCAAUGGUUAAGAUGUCUGGUGGAGAAUGUAAAUUCAUUCCUCUGCGACCCAGAAAGAAUAUUGAUGAUGAUGUUUCAUGUUCAGCAGAUUGGGUAUUAGACCCCAAAGAACUUGAAAGUAUGUUCAAUGAGAAAACUAAAAUGUUUAUUCUCAAUACUCCUAAUAAUCCUCUGGGCAAAGUAUUCACACUGGCUGAACUUGUUAUGAUUGCUGAUUUAUGUAAAAAAUGGAAUGUCUUGUGUGUAUGUGAUGAAGUUUAUGAAUGGAUUGUAUAUAAACCAAAUAAACAUAUUCGUAUGGCAACAUUACCUGGCAUGUGGGAACGAACAAUUACAAUUGGAUCUGCAGGUAAAACAUUCAGCGUUACAGGGUGGAAGCUAGGUUGGGCAUAUGGACCUGCCGAUCUUAUGGUGAACUUGCAGAUGGUGCACCAAAAUUGUGUAUACACUGGUACAACCCCUAUACAAGAGGCUGUUGCUAUAUCAUUUGAAAAAGAGAUUUCACGUCUAGGAUCAGAUGAAUGUUACUUUGUUCAGUUACCAAAAGAAUUGGAAGCUAAGAGGAACAUGAUGGCUAAAGCCCUCAAGGAAGCAGGCAUGAAGCCUGUUAUACCUGAGGGAGGUUAUUUCAUGUUAACAGAUUGGUCGCCAGUUUCUCAGCAUGUUGAUCUUAAUAGUGAGAAGGAUAAAUAUAAAGAUUACAGAUUUACAAAGUGGAUGACCAAAAAACUAGGUUUGCAAGCAAUACCUUCUAGUGCCUUUUACAGUGUUCCAAACAAGCACCUAGCAGAAGAUUAUGCCAGAUACUGUUUCAUCAAAAAAGAUGAAAAUAUACAAAAAGCUUCUGAUAUCUUGAUGAAAUGGAAAACAUCUCUUAACAAGUAGCUUUUAACAUUGUGAGGUCAUUUUUGCAAUUUAUUAUUUAUCAAUAAAUUAUAUUGCAUAC